AUGGCGGACUCGGCGCGCGCGGCGCGCGCGAAACAAAUGAAGAAGCAGGAGCGCGCGAAGAGCUGCGCGACACCGUCGACGGACCGCAAAUCGCCGAGGCUCGAGAUGAAGGCGUUGACGAUCUCGACGUCGUCGACGACGACGACGGCGACGAGCCGCCUAUUUCAGCAGGCGUCGUUCGCCGUCGUCGAUGACGGCAAAGAGAAGCUGUUGGGUCAGCAGCAGCAGCAGCGCAAAAAGAGCACCGCUCCCGAUAUCGGACGGCGAACGCUUAUCGUGAUUGGUGCGUGCCCCCAAAACGAGCGAAUCGUCGUCCAUCCGCACACGCUGUUCGUUCACUCGUACAAAGUGCCGACGUUUUGCGAUUUUUGCGGCGAACUGCUGUUCGGGCUCGUCAAACAGGGACUCAAGUGUUUCGGCUGUGGUCUCAACUAUCACAAACGGUGCGCGUCGAAAAUUCCGAACAACUGCAAUGGCUCGAAGCAGCGUCGGCCGUCGGCGAUACCGUUGUCGCCGUCCAACUCGAACAUUCUGAAUUUGAACGAUCGUCGCAAUUCGCGUCGCGACUCGUGCCUCGAGGCGCUCGACGCGGCGCGGCCGUCGUCGAUGCUCGCCGGCGUCGUCGCGCCGGCGCCCAACAUUCUGGUGACGUCCGAUGAUUGCGGCGAUCCGAUCGGCGGAAAUUUCCUCCAAAUGCCGCGCAAGGAUCGCAGCUGCUCAUGGAGCGGUCGUCCGUUGUGGAUGGAGAUCGCCGAGGCGACGCGUGUCAAAGUGCCGCACACGUUCCAAGUGCACAGCUACAAACGGCCGACGGUGUGCCAGCAUUGCAAGAAGCUCCUCAAAGGCCUCAUUCGGCAGGGCAUUCAAUGUCGAGGUUUGGUUAUUGCCGUCAAAAUUUAUUGCAAAUACAAUUGCCAUAAAAAGUGCAGCGAGCACGUUGCGAAGGAUUGUCCCGGCUCGAACAGCCAAACGAAUCAAUUCUUUUUGGGAGCCGCCGAUGAUGGAGCGUCGGAAGAUCGUGAGGAUGAGCUGUCGGUUCGGCACAAGAAGGCUCAGAAUACGCCGAGUGCUCCAUUACAGGGAAGCGAGGGAAGCGUCAACUCGAUGCCGGGCUUCAACGGCGGUCUGACGUCGCCGGACGACGAGGUGAUAUCGCCGGAAACGCAAAACAUUCCGCUGAUGCGAGUGGUGAUGUCGAAGAAGCAGACGAAGCGGAAAAGCAACAAAAUAUUGAAAGAGGGCUGGAUUGUGCACUACACCGAUCAGCAGAAUAUGCGAAAAAAGCAUUAUUGGCGUCUCGACACGAAAAGCAUCAUAAUGUAUCAAGAUGAGAACUCGACGCGAUAUUACAAGGAGAUUCCGCUCAAUGAGAUUCUCGGCAUCGCGACGACGGCGAGCAAUGAGAAGGCCGAGCAUCAGACGCAUUUGUUCGAAAUUCGCACACAAGCUUGCAUCUAUUAUAUCGGUUAG